AUGUCGGAUGGAGAGCUAUUUUCUGAAGAUUCGUACGAGUUUGAAUUUGAAGAAGACGAAGAUGUCGACGUGGCGAGUGGCGGCGGAUCGCGUGGCUCACACUCCGAUGAUGCAAUUGACGAAGAUGAAGAUGAUGGCAUUGUAUGUAUAGCGCAGCAACAACGGAGACUGGAAACUUUUCAUUCGCUUUUGUUCUUGUUUCUGGUGACUAACGUUUAAGUAAAGGAGAAUCGAUAUUACUCAGCCAAGGCGAUGAAGGACGACGAUGUCGAUCAAGCAAUCGCUGAGUUUCACAAGAUUGUCAGCGGUAGUGGUAAUGGGGCGAUUGGGAAUGGCGAGAGGGAGAAACUAGAGUGGAUCUUCCGUUCCUACAAGCAAUUGAUCAAGUUGAAUUUCCACGAGGCAAACUACGAUGAAGUAAUACGUAUCCUACGUGCCGUGUUACCAUUGCUACCGAAGUUGAACCAGGUGGCCUAUAUCGAGGAAUCGCUAUCACGUAUGAUUGUACGAUAUUCCAACGUCAUCAAUGUCGACUUUGUCCAAAACUUGUACCGCGUCUUGCUUGAUCAGCUGUAUUUUGUCAAUGACAAAUUGUGGCUCAAGAUCAACUCGAACUUACUCAAUUUAUACCUUGAACAGCGGAAAUAUAGUGAUUUCGCCGCGUUGUUGGCGCAAGUGCACACGAGAGUCACGCGGAUGCCCGAGCUGAUUCAGAAAUUGUACAUGUUGGAGAUCAUCGCGGCCGAGAUUGAAUAUUUGUUCCAGAUUGAUAAAUUGGACUUGACGAGGAUGAGCAAGUUGUACAAGUUGAGUUGUCAAAGCACCACCGCGGUGACACACCCCAAGAUUAUGGGUGUGAUUAAAGAGUGCGGGGGAAAGAUUCAAUUUUAUCGCAAGAAUUAUCAAAAGGCCAAAUAUGAGUUUUACCAGAGUUUCAAUAGUUUUGAUGAAGCUGGUAGUUUGAUGGAGUACAAGUUGAAGAAUUUGAAAUAUCUCGCCUUGUGCUCUUUGCUUAGUGACUCUGAAUUGGAUCCGUUUCAAAGUUCUCAGGAGACUCAUACUUUUGUUGAGAAUAAUGGUGAGUUUGACAAUUUAAAGAAAUUGAUUCACGCUUACAACAAUUUCGACUUGAGGCAGUUUGAGCAAAGUUUGAAAGAUUCUUGUCGACUGGAUUCAUUUGCGCAAACGGAUGAAAUCUUCCAGCAUGCCCUGGGGGAGAUUUUACAGAAUUUGAGAUUGAAGAUCUUGGUCAAGUUGAUUGAAUCCCGCGAGGAGAUUAAAUUCGAUGAGCUAUGUGAUGAGUUGAAUUUAGGGGUGGAACAAGUGCAAGAGUUGUUAUUCAAGCUAAUGCAUGAGGGGAGAUUAGGUCAACACAUCAAAGUGGAUAAUUUACGCCAGCGAGUUUGUCAUGACGAAAAUUCGGUGGAGCUGUUGAUGGUUCCUACGACGCCAAAGUGUAUUUACUACAACACGAGACUAGUGGAGACAAUUUUGUCCUCGUCGAGUCCGGGUGGACAUGACACUAGCACGAUUGAAGAUACGAUGGAAAUCGACGCGAGGUCGAUGCAAGCGUCAGCACCAACAGCAGUGCUCUUUCCAACUACGCAAGAACGUGCUCCUACCACCACUACGAGUACGACAUUAAGAAGCCAGUUUUUCUUUUUAAUUGACCGCGCGUAUAAACCACUGGAUUGGUACGCUUCAAUAGCACGGUGGUACAGUUUCGUCAUGUCGGCUCCACCUAAACCCAAACUUCGAUCCGACUCAGCAGCUGCACUACCACUGGCGCGCCGGCGACUGCAAGAGAACAACAACCUAGGUUAUAGUAAAGCCGCGGAGAAGGAGUUAGCUAAUUUCCAAACUGGGCUCUUGAAUUCCACCAUUGAUGGCAGUGUUGGCGGCGGUGUAGGUGCUGGCGGCGGUGGCGGUGCUGGAGCUGGCUUAAACGGUGUAGGUGGGCUCGAUCCGAGUGCAGAUGGAGAUGACGGUGUUGUUUAUUUGAAACGGAUCAAUUUGCUCAAGUCCUGGGUCACUGCUCUCCAUGAUUGA